GCACACGCCGCGCCGCCUGCGUCAUCGCCGCGCGCCGCUGCCAGGCUCGGGGCGCAGGCUGACCAUGGCGGAGGUGGGCCGGGCGGCGGUGCGCGACCCCGGCACGCUGCUCCCGGGCGGCUUCUGGGCGGCGGUGGCCGUGUGGCUGGAGCGGCCGCAGGUGGCCAACAAGCGGCUGUGCGGCGUCCGCCUGGAGGCCCGGCGGCGCGCGGCCCGGCCCGGGACCGAGCCCCGCGGCCCCCGGCCCAGCGCUGACCCCGGGCGGGAGGAGUCGGCAGCGGCGGGAUGCCGGUCCGAGGAGGGACCGGGACCCGGUCAGCGUUCCCCCGAGGGCGGCUCGAGCUCCAGGCCGGGCGUAGGCCCCGGGGAGUCCCGGGGCUGGCACCAGGCAGCGGAGACCGAGAGGGAAGCAGCCGCGGCAGCGCCUCUGCUCGCAGGGGCCCCCGGGCAGCCCGGGGAGGGCGACGGCCCCGCCCCGGACCUGGAUGCUCUCUGGGACGAUUUCUCCCGGAGCCUCGUGGGCGACCACCGGGAGAUGCUGGCCUUCCUCGCAGGCCCAGGGGCAGGGCUGCGGGCAGAGGCUCCGCACGAGCUCGACGUGGUGCUCAGGACCGUCAUCCCCAAGGGGAGCCGGCACUGCCCGCGCGCUGCGCCGCGGAGGGAGAUGGUCGCGCAGGAUGUGCUCGGUGGGGCUGUGACAUUCCUGCCUCUGGAAGAAGAUGAGCAGGGCAGCUGGAAGGUUCAGAUGAGCAACGUGUAUCAGAUUCAGCUCAGCCGCAGCGCUGACGACUGGUUCAUAUCUGUUUUGAUUUUCUGUCCAGAAAGAUGGCAAUCGGAUGGGAUUGUUUAUCCCAAACCCGCCUGGCUUGGGCAAGAGCUGCCGGUCAGGCUGGCCCGGUGGUCUGUGGCGAGCGGGAGCAGUGGCUUCAAAAGCAGCCUGUCCCUCCUCCCCAUCCUCAAGUACAGCCGCACCUACCAGGAGCUCAAAGACAAGUACCAGCACAUGGUGCAGGUGUGGCCUGAAGUGACGGAUCCUGAGAAGUUUGUGUAUGAAGACGUGGCUAUUGCUGCCUACCUCCUGGUUCUGUGGGAAGAAGAGCGAGCCGCACAGGGCGUGAUAGCUAAGCAGUCCUUCGUGGACCUGGGCUGCGGAAACGGCCUCCUGGUGCACAUACUCAGCGACGCGGGGCAUCCAGGCAGAGGGGUUGAUGUCCGAAGAAGGAAGAUCUGGGACGUGUAUGGGCCGCAGACUCGCUUAGAGGAAGCUGCCAUCACCCCGAGCGACGAGACCCUCUUCCCUGACGCCGAUUGGCUGAUCGGGAACCACUCGGAUGAGCUGACCCCGUGGGUCCCCGUCAUCGCAGCCAGGUCCUCCUACCGCUGCCGCUUCUUUGUGCUCCCCUGCUGCUUCUUCGACUUCGCCGGAAGGUACCGGCGGCGGCAGAGCGGGAAGACGCAGUACCGCGAGUACCUGGACUUCGUCCGGGAGGUGGGCUCGGCCUGCGGGUUCCACGUGGAGGAGGACUGCCUGCGGAUCCCUUCCACCAAGCGCGUGUGCCUCCUGGGGAGAUCCAGGACCUACCCGCCCACCGCAGAAGCCCUCGCCGACCAGCAGAGGGCCCAGUACAUCAGCAGCAGCCGUGCCCCGGGGCCCGCCCCCGCCCCGCUCGGGGCCGAGACUGGCAGCGUGCACUGCUGUCACCGAGGUCUUCCUGACGGCCUCCCCGGUGACCCCCCCAAUGGUCCCGGAGCCCUGGAGCCUGGGGCUGAGGGAUGCUGGCUGCCCGGCUUUCGCCCCCGAGACAGAGCUGAGCGCGUGAGGAACUGCACCGCCCUCCCGAGGGAGUUCGUGGACCAGGUGGUUCUGCAGGUGGCCAGCCUGCUGCUGGGCGGAGCGCCGUUAAGCCCAGGGAGUCCUCCCAGCGGGAGUCCUCCCAGCGGGAGCACGCGGACCUGGAACCCAGGAGCGAGCCUCUCCCUGGCGGAGGUGGCGGGCGAGCUGGACAGGGAGACGCUGCGGAGGCUGAAGCGGGAGUGCGGUGGCCUGCAGACGCUGCUGCGCAACAGCCACCAGGUGUUCGCAGUUCUGAACGGGCGAGUGCGCUUUCGAGACUGGAGGGAGGAGAAGCUGCAGGAGGAGAAGCAACCGGAAGCCAAGCGCCGGCUGCUCUCCACGGCAUUCAAAACCCGCCUCUGCUGGUUCUUCUCGCACCACCCCGACGGCUGCGCCCUGCCCGCGGACCGCUGCCCCUUCGCCCACGGGCCUGCAGAGCUGCGGCCGCCCCCGGCCUCCAAGAGGAGGAAGCGGCCUCUGUGAGCCCGGGGCCCUGCCCGCCCCUCGGCCUGCAGUUCCAGGCUGGCAGUGCUCAAGCCACUUGCCUUCCGCCUGCCAUCAGUGUUCCAGGGGCAUCACACUCCAGGGACGGAAGCUGGAGAAGCCGAAGGCGCCGAGCCCCACGGCCACCCAAGUCCGGCCCGAGUUAAAUGAGGGAGCUGACAGGCUGGGUCUCAGCAUCGGGGAAGGGCUGGGGGGGUGUCAGGAGACGGAGGAAGUGCUUGAGCCGGCUCUUCGGGCAGCGCCCGCCCUGGGUGCCCAGGUGUGGAGGCAGGGUCACCUGGAAGUGCCCGCUGCCCCAGAGACCCAUGGGGACCAGCGGCCAGAGAGCCUCUCGCGCCCCACCCCGCCCCGAGGCGUCUCACCAAGUACGGUCACGUCUUCCCAUUAAAUUAUUUGUGCAGUUUACACACACACACUGUCGUGGUCCGUGGUUUUUGUGGCACGUAGUGCGGGCUCGCUGGGCACGUUCGGAGUAACAGAUAAACUCCCCCACCCAAGAGGCCCCAGCACCCCACCUCGCCCAAAGGUCACGGCCAGCCGGUGGCCCGCUGCCUCGCAGCUCCCAUACGUGGGUGAGCUCGGCCGGGUGUGGCCCUGCCCGCGGCUCCUGUGGAGGGGCCUGUGCACCCACAGGGUGGGAGGGGACAGCCCAGCACCGUUCAUCUUCUGGCUCCGGUCGCCAUUCCGGUGUCUUCCGGCCUCUGCCGUUUCUCCUUUUUCUAAAUUAACUUGAGAGAGAGACACUGGUAACGGUGUUCCACUCCCAAGGGAAUUCUGCUUCCAUGUUCCCGACUGGAGACCCAGCCCUAGACCUCGGUGUAUCCGGAUUAUGCUCUAAGGCAAUGUUUCCCAAACUUGACAUAUAUGUACCCCUUCUAUAAUUUUCAUAACGCUGAGUACCCCUCGUACUCCUGAGAAC